CCGAAAGCACUCUGCUCUCUUUCGGAUUAACCAUCUGACUAAGCUUUCUGUUGCUCUGUUGCUGAAUAUCUGCAUCAUUUUCACCAUGACUUUUGAGGAAGUUCUGAUCCAGAAACCCGCCGAGCGUGCACAGUGCACCGGCAAAGCCCUGGAGGAGGUCCUGGUGUCCGCGCAGGACAACGACGCGCUCACCGUUGGCGUCUACGAGUGCGCAAAAGUGAUGAAUCUCGACCCAGACAGCGUGUCCUUCUGCGUCCUGGCCAUGGACGAGGACUUCCAGUGUGACAUCGCUCUGCAGAUCCACUUCACCCUCAUCCAGUCCUUCUGCUUCGACAACGACAUCAGCAUCGUCAGAGUGAGCGACACGCAGCGCGUGGCUGAGAUUGUCGGUGACAAGGCGCAGCUGGAAGACGCCCACUGUGUCCUCAUCACGAACCCAGCCGAAGGGUCUUGGGAGGACCCCGCUCUGGAGAAGCUGCACCUGUUCUGCGAGGAGAGCCGCAAUGUGAACGACUGGGUGCCCGAGAUCGUCCUCCCCGAGCGCUGAUCCGGGCCUCGGCUCCUCUCUUGCUCGAGAUGCUGUGAAGCUUCUUAUCUGGAAAUAUUCACCCUGAUGGACAGGGUGACCCUGUUUCUGCUCAUCCCUGGAUCCUCCUGAGGAGGGUUCCCGUCCAGGCAGCACGGCGCCGGCCCGAGGAGCCCCCCCCCCCCCACCACCCCGGCACGCCGCCGUGACCCGUCGCCUCUUGUCCCGUCCAUGCCAAGAUGCCUCUCAUUCUUUAUGUGAACGAGAGUCAGGUAUGCCGCAGGAGCGACACGUCGACCCUCAUUCUUUGUGCGGAUGAGGUUUGGAGAGGAAGGAGAUGCGAGUUCUGCGUCCUGUGGCCCCACAGAGCGAACGGCGCACGUUGAAGCACGCGCAGCAGGAGAAGAAGCGGUGCUGAGGAAGAGGCCUUCUUAAAAAGAGACUUUUUUAACGAUGUCCUCUUUGCUGAGCAACAGGACAACAGUUGCAAUCAGCGAAAAUGCUUCCCACUUUCCAGAAUUGUCUUAAUUCUCUAAAGGUUUCACUUUAGAAAUUUAAAAAUGACAAAUGAUAUUCUAAAAAAAAAAAUUGAGAAAAAAUGUUAUUCUCUAAAGGUUUCACUUUAGAAAUUCAACGAUGACAAAUAAUUUUCUAAAAAAAAAUAACAUUGAAAGAGAUUGUGUUCUCUAAAGGUUUCACUUUAGAAAAUAGAGCAAUAAAGUAAAUGUUAACAAUGACGAGAAUGUGUGAUGUUAACAUAAACAUUCACUUGAAAUGUAAACAAAAUGAAAAAAUGACCGACUUUUCUGAUCCUUUUGUAACUACGUUUGGAAAAACUUUAUGAAACUACAUCAAACAGAUACAGAUUCAUUGUAGAAAUGGAUUGAAAUUGUCAAUGAAAAUGCUUAAUAAAAAAAACA